GCAUGCUCGGCUCUUUGUGCGGUUCCUAAUCCAAAAGCAGCAGGAUACUGCUGGAGCGUGGGGGAGCAGGGGAUAAGGAUCAUGGAAUUAUUGCACUUUUCAGCAUGGAUUAAACCAAAAUUCCAGAAUAAAAUACAAAUACUGUAAUGUCCGCUAAGAUAAAUAAAAAAUAAAUAGACUGAGCUUCAUUACAGAUGUGUAGCGAGAUACCAGCAAACCGAGCAGUGAUUCCUGCGUGUAGGUCGCUACAUCCUUACGAAGAAUCCUUGUUAUUGACUGCCGCAGCCUUCAUGGGAUUUCGAGCUGAAUUUGGGGAAAAUCUAACCUUUUGUUUGUUUAUAUUUUGGUAAGGCGAGGGGCUGUGAUCUACAAUGGACAGGGUUAGAAAAGAGACUCAUAUAUACACGAUUUAUUGUUAAAUAAUUGAUUUAAUAUAAUUUGCGCUUUAAAAAUGGCUGCUGGACAGAGUUUAAAGAGAGUUGUUAGAUAAAUUACGUUAAAAUCCAAUACUUUAUUUUUUUCUUUUCACCCUGAAUGAUAAAGCGUUGCAAAGGUUAGACGUUGAAUUUCUUGCCUUACUUACUGACUAGCGCUUGCUUGUUUACUGUAGAACUAUGUGUUUUCAUAAACAGAAACAUCAGACUAAUCGUGGGAGAAUUAGUGAAGUAUAAAAUAGCUUUUCGUUUCUAAUUCGUUUUCUCUGAUCCCAGGAAUAAAAUAAAAGCCGUCAAAAGGCUUUCACCCUUGUCUAGCGGUGUCUUUUUUUUAAAAAACCAGGCCUCCUACUUUAUGAAACUCAAAUCGUAUUUGUAUUGCUUGGAAAUGAAGACUUGGAAUGACCUCAUCAAGUACGAUUUGCAAAAUAGCAUUAGGGACUUGUAGACAAGUAGUUUUUCAUGCCAGAAAAAAAGUCGAACUUGUUGUUUUUUAAGGAAAUUCUGGAAUCUUGAAAAAAGAAAGUCGACAGUGCUGUAUUUUAACAAAAAAAUAAAUAUAUAAAUAUAUAAAGCAUGGAUGCUGGGAAUAUGCUCCGAAGGGGACUACUGCUUUUCAAAAGGCACGCAUACCCACAUUCUGGAUGGGUCGAUGUCAACAGAUAUUUAUUGCUUUGUGUUUUGUUUCAUCUGGUGCUUCAUGCCGAAGCAUCCCUCGCAAGGUCCUGCGAUAAGAGUUGCCAUUCGGGAAGAUGUUUCAACGGGACGUGCAUCUGUGACCAGGGAUGGGUUGGAGAGCAGUGCCAUCAUUGCCAGGGCAGGUUUAAAUUAACUGAACCUUCUGGAUAUUUAACAGAUGGACCGAUACAUUAUAAAUAUAAAACAAAGUGCACCUGGUUAAUCGAGGGAUAUCCUAAUGCAGUAUUACGGUUACGAUUUAACCACUUUGCUACCGAAUGUAGCUGGGACCAUAUGUAUGUAUACGAUGGAGAUUCUAUAUAUGCACCUCUAAUAGCAGUGUUUAGUGGUCUUAUAGUCCCAGAGGUACGAGGGAAUGAAACUGUACCGGAGGUAGUAACCACUUCUGGCUAUGCAUUGCUGCACUUUUUUAGUGACGCUGCUUACAAUUUAACUGGAUUCCACAUUUUUUACUCAAUGAAUUCCUGCCCCAACAAUUGCUCAGGCCAUGGGAAGUGUACGACUGGUAACUCGAUUGCCAGCAGGGUGUACUGUGAAUGUGACAAAUACUGGAAAGGGGAGGCAUGUGACAUUCCCUAUUGUAAAAACAACUGUGGCAGCCCGGACCACGGCUAUUGUGACCUGACAGGGGAGAAGCUGUGUGUUUGCAAUGACAGCUGGCAAGGUCCAGAUUGCUCCCUAUCAGUUCCUUCUACAGAAUCCUACUGGGUGCUGCCAAAUGUGAAACCAUUCAGCCCGUCUGUCAGCCGUACUUCCCAUAAGACUGUUAUGCACGGGAAGUUCAUGUGGGUGAUCGGAGGCUACACGUUCAACUACAGCUCCUUCCAAAUGGUUUUAAAUUACAAUAUUGAGAGCAGUAUAUGGAAUGUUGUACCAAUUAACAGUGGUCCUCUCCAGAGGUAUGGACACUCUCUCGCUUUGUAUCAGAGUGACGUCUACAUGUAUGGAGGUAAAAUGGAAACCAGUAAUGGGAAUGUCACGGAUGAAUUAUGGGUAUUCAACAUCCCGAGCCAGACCUGGUCUGCAAAGUCUCCCACGGUGCUGGUGCAUGACCAGCAAUACGGUGUGGAGGGGCACUCUGCACAUAUCGUUGAGCUGGACAGUGGAGAUGUUAUAAUGAUCCUCAUUUUUGGAUAUUCAGCUGUAUAUGGAUACAUCAGCAAUGUGCAGGAAUACAAUUUAAGGACUAACACAUGGUUAGUGCCAGAGACUAAAGGAGCCAUUGUCCAAGGCGGUUACGGCCACAGCAGUGUUUAUGAUGGAAUGACAAAAUGCGUUUACGUGCACGGAGGAUACAAAGCUCUCCCAGCAAAUAAGUACGGCUUGGUGGACGAUCUCUAUAGAUACGAAGUUCGAACCCGGACAUGGACAAUCUUGAAGGAAAGUGGGCUUGCGCGGUACCUCCAUUCAGCUGUCAUCCUCAGUGGUGUUGUGCUGGUUUUUGGAGGAAACACACAUAAUGAUACAGCUCUGAGCAAUGGGGCCAAGUGCUUUUCAUCUGAUUUCAUAGCGUACGACAUUGCCUGUGAUGAAUGGAAAAUGUUGCCAAAACCCAGUUUGCACAGAGACGUCAACCGGUUUGGGCAUUCUGCGGUCAUCAGUAAUGGAUCCAUGUACGUGUUUGGCGGUUUCUCCAGUGUGCUUUUGAACGACAUCCUGGUUUACAAACUGCCCAACUGUGAGGCUUUCAGAGCAGAAGAGCCGUGCCUCGAUGCGGGCCCAGGAAUCCGCUGUCUUUGGGAUGAAGACCGCUGCCUGUCCUGGGAUCCCCGUCACACCAACGGCACGUUCCCAAGCGUUCGGUGCCCGCAAAAGAAAGGUACCGCUUCCGCGGAUGACAGAUGCUACAGAUACACUGACUGUGCCAGCUGUACUGCAAACACCAACGGCUGCCAGUGGUGCGAGGACAAAAAGUGCAUUUCAGCAUCCAGCAACUGCACUGUGUCUGUGAAGAAUUACACAAAGUGCCAUGUGAGAAAUGAACAGAUCUGCAUUAAGCUGACCAGCUGCAAGAGUUGUUCUUUAAACCUGAACUGUCAGUGGGAUCAGCGGCAGCAGGAGUGCCAUGCUCUGCCUGCUCAUCUCUGUGGAGAGGGUUGGAGCCAUGUUGGGGAUGCUUGCCUGCGAAUCAAUGCCAGCCGGGACAGCUAUGACAACGCCAAACUGUACUGCUAUAAUCUCAGCGGCAACCUCGCCUCUCUAACCACUUCCAAAGAGGUGGACUUUGUCCUUGAUGAACUGCACAAGUACACUGUACAGAAGAUCUCUCCUUGGGUUGGGCUGCGCAAGAUCAACAUCUCUUACUGGGGCUGGGAGGACAUGUCCCCGUUCACCAACACAACCAUGCAGUGGCAGCCUGGAGAACCCAAUGACUCCGGGUUCUGUGCUUAUCUGGAGAAGGCAGAGGUGGCAGGUCUGAAAGCCAAUCCCUGCACUGCUAUGGCAGAUGGCUUAAUCUGUGAGAAGCCUGUCGUAAGUCCAAACCAGAAUGCCAGGCCCUGCAAGACGCCAUGCUCCCUGAGAACAGCCUGCUCCAACUGCACCAGCCAGGGCAUGGAGUGCAUGUGGUGCAGCAGCGCCAAGCGGUGUGUGGACUCCAACGCCUAUGUCAUCUCCUUCCCAUAUGGACAGUGCCUGGAGUGGCAGACUGGGAACUGCCUGCCUCAAAACUGCUCAGGACUCCGUACCUGCAGCCAGUGUCUGGAGCUUCCAGGCUGCGGAUGGUGCAGCGACCCCAGCAACACUGGCAAAGGACAGUGCAUUGAGGGCUCGUCAAGGGGACCAAUGAAGGGGAUUGGGAAGCAGAGCCAAGACCUGGUGCUUGAUCAGGGCCUGUGCCCCAAGGACAAAAGCUUUGAAUGGGCUUUUAUUCACUGUCCAGCGUGCCAGUGCAACGGACACAGCACGUGUGUGAACAGCAGCGUUUGUGAACAGUGCAAAAACCUGACCACAGGAAAGCAGUGCGAGGCCUGCAUGGCUGGAUACUAUGGGGACCCUACGAACGGAGGGAAAUGCCAGGGUUGUAAAUGCAAUGGACAUGCAAAUAGUUGUCAUUCGCAGUCAGGAAAAUGCUUCUGCACUACCAAAGGAAUCAAAGGAGACCAAUGUCAACUGUGUGACUCAGAAAACAGGUAUCUGGGCAAUCCACUGAGGGGAACAUGCUACUAUAGCCUUCUGAUUGACUAUCAGUUCACCUUCAGCCUCCUCCAAGACGAUGACAAACACUACACUGCUAUCAACUUCAUGGCUAAUCCAGAGCAGCCCAACAAGAAUCUUGACAUGUCUAUUAAUGCAUCAAACAAUUUCAAUCUGAAUAUUACGUGGUCAGUUGGUUCAACAGCUGGGACCAUCUCAGGAGAGGAAAUCCCAAUUGUCUCCAGGUCUAACAUAAAGGACUACAGAGACAGUUUCUCCUGUGAGAAAUUCAGCUUCCGAAACAACCUCAACAUCACCUUCUACGUGUACGUCAGCAAUUUCUCAUGGCCAAUAAAAAUACAGAUUGCGUUCUCUCAGCACAACAGCAUAAUGGACCUGGUGCAGUUCUUUGUAACUUUCUUUAGCUGCUUCUUGUCCCUGCUUCUGGUCGCUGCUGUGGUUUGGAAGGUAAAACAGACCUGCUGGGCCUCGAGACGCAGAGAGCAGCUCAUGAGGGAGAGGCAGCAGAUGGCCAGCCGCCCCUUUGCUUCUGUGGACGUGGCGCUGGAAGCAGCAGGAGGAGAGCAAACUGAUCCUCUACGAGGGCCAUUAGAGGGAGCCCCGAAGCCGAUUGCUGUAGAGCCCUGCUCCGGAAACAAGGCAGCAGUGCUGACUGUGUUCAUGUGUCUCCCAAGAGGCUCGUCGGAGGCCCCGCCUCCUGGCCAGUCCGGUCUGGCUAUUGCCAGCGCCCUCAUUGACAUUUCACAGCAGAAGCCCAUGGACUGCAAAGAGAAGAGCUCGGGAGUAAGGAAUCGAAAGCAGCCCCCUCCAACACAUCAAGGGACUUGUGUCUGAACACGAGGGAAGCGCACCUGUGCAUUCUGGAGCUGGCUUUCUUUUUACAUGGCUUUGGACAGCAGUCGUACUGCAGCCUCUGGUUUUAGAGAGGUCAAUAACGAAACUGUAUUACGUAAUGUACCCUGUUAAUCUCCAUGCAUACGGUCAGUAGUGCUCAUGAAACAGUGACCACUUCUGAACAGCGCUGGUUUGGAGACGCUCGCUUGAAGACUAUCUGUUAGGAAACAAGGAUACAUCAUCCCAGACCUUCCGCUUGUUCUGCUGAAAGGCAACAUUUGCGAGAGAGGUCAGAGUAGUAUUUUUAUUAUUAUUAUUAUUAUUAUUAUUAUUAUUAUUAUUAUUAUUAUUAUUAUUUUUUUUUUUUUUUAUAGGGAUCUUCAUGGUCAGUUAAACCCUGAAACAGUGAUUCAAAACUUCCGUGUCCUUCCAUUUCAAUCAGUUCAGUUCACUCUCACUUUUAACACAGAAUUUAUUAUUAUUAUUAUUAUUAUUAUUAUUAUUAUUAUUAUGUAACUUCCAGAAUGGUACACGUGGGAAGCGCCCAUCAGUGAGUCCUAGCACUGGCUCAGUCCACCUCAACCACAGUCCCUACACCUUCCACAGUGUUCAGAACUGCAAAGAGUUUCUACCCUCAGUGACAGAGAAGCAAAAACGCCACUUCAGGAGCCGAAAGUCUCCUCUCUGGUUUUGUACCAUGUGUUUAAUUCAUUAUGUUUUCACACCAUUAACUGCAUUUGCAAAAUGUGGCAACAGAAUACUGUUUAAAAAGAACAAGAACUAGCUACUGGAUGUCAUGGGCUCAAUCAUGCUUAUGGCAGGGACACUGGUUUAGUUGCUAUGAGACAGUAAUGGGUACUGCGUCCUAGCAACCAGCUGCUUGUGUACGUGCCACAGUAUGCCUUGAGUAUGAGAAUACGGUGUUUUGGGUAUAAUAUGAAGGAUAUUUAAGAAAUACCUGAUGUCUACUACUUAUUAUUUAUGUUGCUUUUUGUUUUUUGUUUUUUUUUAAGGAAGGUAAUUGUCCUAUCUACAGUGGAGUUACAUGCAUGCCAUAGUGGUGUCAUACUGUAUCUGUGAUAUUAAACUAUGUGUCCAUGAUUUUUUAUUGAAUGAAAAAAAAGGCCAUUCUGAAUCUGAAGUACAUAUCAUAAUAUAUUAAGUACUUAAUGUAUGUUUAGGGAAGGUAUCCAUAAUCCAAAAUAAAUCCUGCUUUCUUUAACACACGUUGCCUUUGUAAUUUAUGUUUUUUACCUAAUAGGAAUAAACAACUGGUUUAAUGCAUAUUAAGUAUAAAAUGCCUUGUUAAGUAGGUAUUCAGUGCAAACACUGUACUACAAAACAGAAUCUUUAUUGAACCAAAACUCCCACCCUAAUACUAUGUAUGCAAGUAGUUUUAUACAUACAAAAGUAGAUAAAAUCUCAUGGGCCCAUUCUUGUAUAAACUGUAACGAUCUCAGCAAUGUGUAGCUUGUGUGUAUAUUACUGAAGAGAAAGAGAUUCCAUGCAUGUUCACAGAGAACUGUAGUUAUUCCACAAAUGAGCAUAGUGUUAUUCACAGCAUUCUUCAUGACUGAAAUAAGCACAGCUCUCCGUGAAUGUUCUUGGGAGUAAUCUGCUGAAGACAAGCCAACUGCAAAAGCCAAGGUGUCUCACUAAGAAACUGACAAGCAAUGUUAAGAGGGCAUGUAUGGAGCAACAGGUUCCCUUUGCAGUCACGCUGUAAUGCUGGUGGAGAAUGUGCACGUUAAAGAGGUUGCACAGAUCAUUUUAAAUGACUCCUUGUUUUAUGUGAAAUUCCAUGUGAGCAGCAGAGAAUAAGUGUCAAGGACCUGGAUGGUUCCCUCUCAUUUCCUAAACUGUUUCUAAACUUGUCAAAUGUUAUCAAAAGCACCAGUAAUACAGGAAUGUAUUGCAUUUGAAAAUGCUGGCACAGUACCGACCUUCUUGGACUAUAGCGUGUAACCCUUUUACAAAGUGUUGUAGAAUUUCUGCAUGUAUUCAAGUAUACCGCAGUGUUUUUGAUAGGGAAGUGCUGUAUACAAGAGGUAUGCAUUGUUGUAAGCCAAGGAAGCUCACAGUGUACACUCAGGGUGCGCAUUAGAAUAAAAUAAAUGAUGGUAUGUCACAGGCUGGCGUUACUAUAUUCAUUAUUAUUUGUUUAUUUAGCAGACACCUUACAGAGACUAGGGUGUGUGAACUAUGCAUCAGCUGCAGAGUCACUUACAACUACAUCUCACCCGAAAGACGGAGCACAAGGAGGUUAAGUGACUUGCUCAGGGUCACACAAUGAGUCAGUGGCUGAGGUGGGAUUUGAACCGGGGACCUUCUGGUUACAAGCCCUUUUCUUUAACCACUGGACCACACAGCCUUCAUAUACACCAGUGGGAGUUACAGGGCUCAUUAAAUAGGUGAGUGGUCCAGCCAGUUAUUCCAGUUUUCCCCUGGGCUCAAUGUCUGUGUUCACUAAUUGAAUUUCUUCCAAAGAACAACAGAUGAUAGUUUAUCCGUUACCUAUAGAUACGCUUGUUAACUCACUGACUGACACCAUAGCCAAGUGCAAGGAAAGGCAGCCGUAUGCGUUAUUCUACAUUACUGUUGAGUUUGUGUUGUUUUUGCUUUCUAUUCCCUCAUCAUUAAGGAUCCAUUUCUUUUACCCAAAUUGAACAUACGCCAACAAUAUUCAUUUAACAGGCGUGUACAUUUCCACUACUGUUCAAUAUCAGUUUUAUUAACUUCAGCUACAACUCGUGGCUGCUUGAAUUAUUGAGAGGCAUGAAGCUACACAGGUAGAAUGAACAGGAUCAGACUGUAUCUUCUGUAUACAAAUAAUAGAGGUUAGAGAAAAUGUGCACGACCCGCCCAUUAACAAGUAGGUCCUAAGUGCAUUAGACAUCCCAUUGGUGUUACAGAAAUGGCAAUGGAACUCCACUUCUUGCUGAAUUCUAUGUAUUGUAUGUGUUUGUUAUUGCACCUCAAAUGUAACACUUUUGUGUUUUGUUUUUUGGACAGUUCACAUUUAGAUUCUCAUAUUGUUUUUCCCUAAUGUUGUCUGUCUUGGAAUCCAAGUGGUUAAAGUUAAAAAGGAGGAGAUUGAUCAGAUUAGGUAGACUGUGCAUGGCUGAGCUGUUUUCCUUCUGCACAUUGCUUUUGAAUUCCUUACCUGAGCUCUUUUAGAGCGACAUGUGGAAGGGGAAGAGACAAAUGGGGACGCUGCCAGUACCACCAAGCUCAAUACAGCCAUUACCAAAGCCUAAUUCAAACCAAUUUCACAAUGUAGGCUGACAUUUCACACAGUGUAUAGUAGUCGUAUUGCUUUUAAGAUGUUUUCCUGAAUGAAAUUAUUUCAAAGAAAGGCGUUUUGUUUAUAUGUAGUGCAAUAUUGUAGAGAGGGCCAUGCGACUACUGCCCACUACCUAAUUGCAUUACAGGCUAACAUUUGAAAUCCUGACACACACACUGCAGUAAGGCUGAACUGCAGUAGCAGAUCAUGUUGGUUGUGGAUCGGGUCAAUAUGCUAACUCUACAGACAGCUUUUCCUCAUCUUAAGCUUUCCCAUGUGUAUAAAUAAGCUGUUUUAUUUUUAAUGUAACAUUAGCAUCCAGUUGCACUGAUCAGUGGAUUUUUAGAUAUUUAGUGUGUAAAAAUUGUAUCACUUUGAAGUCUUGUAUAUGGAAGAACGACUGACUCAGUUAUGUUUGUAUUUACAGUUACUUUUGCGAUUUUUGUGUUUUUGUGUUAAGUUUCGUCAAUUUGUUUUGUGUCUUGAUACUUAAACUUGAUACUUAAACUUGUAAAAUUGCCACAUGUAUGUGUGUGAGUGUGUGUAUAUAUAUAUAAGAUCUGACAUUUUGUCAGGUGAAUUCCACAGUAUUUUACACAAAAAAUGUUGAAAUUUGUAUCAACGAAGAGCAGCUCACAUUAUUUCUUUGUUCCUAUGGGCAUAUGUAAAGCAAAAAAAAAAAAAACCUUCUACAUAAUAAAGAGAAACCUCUCCUUAUUUACUUUUUGUGCUGGUUUUGUUUUUACCCUGCCUGGUUCUACCACUGGUCAUGUACUGUAUAGGGCCACACAAUAAAAAAUAAAAAAAUGCAAUCUG